UCCGAGCAGAGGGGGAGCCGCACGGAGAGCGGGUUAUAAAAACAAAGUACACGCCGCAAUGGGGGGCCAGUUAAAGCUCGGAGAACAGGAGACGUUGGCCUAAUUUGUCGUUUAUAAACGGCAUGCGGGAGACACAAGUUUAGCGCGCAGUGAUUUAACAGCAUCAAAAGACGUUAACGGUCGCACCAACGGUCGGGGCUACCUGAAUAAUACCUGCAGCGAUUCGCACUAAACCCCGACAUUAGCCUCGACUCCGGGACGCCGAGAGGCGCAGAGGUGGGUUCGGAGACUACAGGACGGGAGAAAGUUUCCACGUUAAAGCUGGUGCAAGCGCAGAGGUGGAACAAUGCGGCUGACCCCGACAAGGUCCCUCUCAUCGGCAGCGCUUCUAAUCCUGCUGCUUGUCCGCUGGUCCGACAGCAUUUCCUUGUCUGCUGAGGAGGCGAAUCAGUUUCUGAGCAGACAGAGGCGAGCUAAUCAAGUUUUCGAGGAGACGAAGCAAGGGCACUUGGAGAGGGAGUGCGUGGAGGAGCGGUGCAGCAAAGAGGAAGCGAGAGAAGUGUUUGAAAACGACCCGGAGACGGACUACUUCUAUCCAAAGUAUUUAGCCUGUGUGAACAAGUUUGGAGACUCAGAAAAGAAAAAACAGGAUUUGGUCACGUGUGUCCACAAUAUUCCAGACCAGUGCUCCUCUUCUCCCUGUAACGAGAGAGGUACAGUGCGCUGCGAGGACAAGAAGGGCGACUUCCUCUGUCACUGUUUCACAGGUUGGACAGGAGCCAGAUGUGAGAAAGAUGUUGACGAGUGCAGCACCAGAAACGGAGGGUGCGACCAUGAGUGCAACAACACCAUGGGCAGUUACCGCUGCUCGUGUCACCAAGGCUACAUGUUGGUAGGACGCCACAUGUGCAAUGAUGUAAAUGAGUGUGAUGACCCAAGUGUGUGUGGAACAGCAGUCUGCGAAAAUAAGGAGGGAAGCUAUGACUGCUUGUGUGAUGCCGGCUACGUCUACGACAAUGAAACAAGCACUUGUGUUGAUGUGGAUGAGUGUGAGUCGGGUGUGUGUGCAGAGGAGUGCCUGAACACUCCGGGGAGUUUCCGCUGCUUCUGUGAUGGUCGUCAUGGCAUGAAGCUGGGACCGGACCUAAGGAGCUGUAAGCGUAUAACUCCAUGUAUGUCGCCAUCACUGAAGAGGAACUCUCAAUUUCUCUACCUGGGUCGCAUGUUCAGCGGUGUGCCAGUGGUGAGGUUGCGUUUCCGCAGGAGGAUUCACACGGGCUUUUCAGCAGAAUUUGACUUCCGCACAUACGAUCCUGAAGGGGUAAUCUUCUUUGCUGGAGGCCACUUAAACAGCUCCUGGAUUGUGCUGGCAAUGCACCGUGGGAGACUGGAGUUGCAGCUGAAGUAUGGCACAGUCAGCAGGGUAACCAGCAGCGGACCCAUGGUCAAUGACGGCCAGUGGAGGAAGAUCUCUGUGGAGGAACAGGGGCGGAGUCUUGUGAUUAAGAUUGACAGGGAGGCCGUAAUGAAGAUAGCAGUGAACGGUGAUCUGUUUACGCUACAGAAGGGCGUGCAUGAGCUCAACCUCACAGUGGGAGGAGUUCCUUUCAGAGAAGAGGGUCUCGUUAAUCAGGUGAAUCCCCGUUUGGACGGGUGUAUGAAGGAGUGGCGCUGGCUGACAGGGGAAGACACCUCCAUACAAGAAACUAUCCGGUCCAAUGAGAAUAUGCAGUGUUUCAGCGCCGACGAUCGUGGAGCAUAUUAUCCCGGCACUGGCUUUGCUUUCUUUAACAUCAGCUAUGCAUCGCAGAGCCUGAUUGUCCAGUUCACUCUGCGUCCAACUUCUGGCAUUGGAGUGUUGCUCGCACUUGUUCACCAGGACAGAGUCCCUCUCUCCAUCGCCCUGUCCGACUACCAUCCGGGCACCGACGAAUGGCGAGAUUUCCUUCUGGUAUCUUCAGGUGAUGUCAUCAUUGCCAGCGCUCCAGCUCCUUUAUGUGAUGGAGAGAGUCAUCAAAUACUGGUAAAAAUAGCAGGCAACCAAACGGUGCUGCUGAUCGAUGGCCAGUCUGGACGACUUGAAGACACUGAAAUUUCUAUAGACCUGUCUCAGUCCACCACCUUUAUAGGAGGCCUUCCAGAUGUGUCUCUGGUCUCCACACUGGUGUCAGCACCUUACAGCGGCUGUAUGGAGGUCAGCGUCAAUGGCCAGCCUCUGGACUUGGACCAGGCCAUCCACAAACACAAUGACAUCCGCUCACACUCCUGCCCUCUGCUGGACUCCAACCAGUGACAGCUCAACAGUCUGCCAAAACCUAGGAGCGGUUCACUGAGGCAAUGGGAAUCAUUUCCAAAAUAUUUAUAAAAGCUUUGAUGAAUGGGGAUAUUUUCUAUUGGAAUGUAAAAAACAAACUAGACUGGGUUUUGUGGUGCAGCUAGAGCCUUAGCCCAGAAUCCCCCAGUCCUCUUACUGGGAUGAGGGAGAUGCAGGUUUUCACAUUAGUGUUAGUCCUCUACACAUCAGUAAAAUAGUUAGCUAACCGGUGGGUAACAUUCCCUGAAGAUCUGGGAGUAAUGCUGCACAACAUUGCCUCAAACUGCCCAUGUAACACAGCCUUGUAAGCCACACAGGGCCUUAUCCAGAUCUAACCUUGGCACCCUGUGCUUAAUAGCCGAACUGAAUGGAACUUUGUAGGCAAAGGCACUUUUUGCUAUAGCAACUAAUCUGAUAGAGCUGUGGUCAUGCUGCUUACAACUUCUUCACCCAAGGCCCAUGUAGAAUGAAAUAUUAAAAAUAGGGACCACAUAGUCCAGGUGCAUAGAUCUUCACAAUACUUUGGUGCAUCACAUCUUAGGGGUUGACUGUGGACUAAAUCAAUGUACUGUAGUUGCCCCCAGAGAAUCUGAAUAACCUUUAUUCAACACAACAUAGACUCGUGGUUGUGAUUCUUUUUUGUGUUCUGUGGUAAAUCUUGUACAUCGUUGCAGGUAGAAAUGGACUGUAAUGUUAAGCCAUUUUUAUUUUCUCUCAGCUAAAGCAGCACUUCAUCUCUUCCUGCAACCUUAGAAAUCAGCCAUGUGCCUACAAAGAACUACCAACACAAACUUGUCCACAGCUUCCCUGCAAACAGGUUUAUCUUAGAAGGUGCAGUACUGUAACACACACAGACAGAGACGAUGCUUAUCUUUAAGAUAUGUAGUCAUUGUACCUGUACACCAUGCAUUUCCACCUGUGCAUUUAUGUGUAUUCUAGUCUGUUAGCGAACAGACUCCCUCUCUGUAAUCUUCAGUCACUAACGUCACAAAGGCCCCUGUCGUCCCUCAGUAUCAUCCACUCCCAGCUAAGUAUACCAACCCAAGGGCAAUAGACUUUGAACAGAAGCACAGGGAGACGGAAAAGGGGCGCUCCCCAUGAAGGUGAGAGAGCACUGCAUUGAUCGCAUCACACAAGCUACUGAAAGUAAGGAGCGCGCUGUAAUAUACUGAAUAUGUAAAUAAUGUGACUGUACAGUGCUUUAUAGAAAACAGUACAAACACUCCCCUCAUUCAGCCCAUUCAAAGCUCAACAUUAGUCUGAGUCUCUCAUCGUUUGCUGCUUCAUUAAAGUUUGAGUGACAAAGCCACCGUUCAGCUCCUGAAGAGCCAGGAGGAGUAAAAAUACAAUAGCUCUUUAGGUUUUGAACUUGAUUUCAUAGGUGCUGAGCAAUUUAAAGCAAAACAAAGAAUGUGAGUGAAGCAUGAUAAUUGAAAAUGCCAAAAGGGCUCCAGUCUUAUUUACGUCAUUCUAACAUGUAUCAUUUUCUAGUUUUCUGAUGAGUGAAUGCCAGAUUAUAUGAUGUGUUUUUUUAAUCAUUUGUUGUAUAUUGAACUUCUUAUUAGUUUUUAUUUUCCACGUUUAACUGCCAGUAUGUGUACAAUGCUGAGAGAAGUCUGCUUUUUGAGUUUGAACUUCCCUCAAUCCUAUUUAAAAAAUAAAACCCAUUGUAUGAACAUCAUAGAGUAAAACUGUAUUUUCAGAAAACA